UUCACAUUAUUACCCCACCAGACUGGACACUAAGUUCAGAACACAGCAGGUACAAAUACAGGGGUUAGCCAAGGGAUUCAAGUGGGUCAACAACUUCAACCACUGCAGCAUCUCUUCCUGGACCUCAUGGAAAGUCCAGUCGUGUCACAAGCGGUUUAAACGUGGAGGUUAUAAUCCAGAUUUUUCUGAGGAAUUUCAGAGCUGAUUAUACGAGACUGCGUAACCUGCUGGAAAAGUUUCUUUUAUUUCUCCUUUUAAGAAUGUAAAGUGAAAAGCUUUCUCGUUUCAAUCGCUCCAUAGGAAAUUUAGAAUCCUGUCAUCUACGCAACCAUAACAGAACUUUUGCUUACAAACUUUUACAUAUCAAAGCAAUGGCCUUUGCAGACCUUCUAGAGCAGGUGGGCAGCACCGGACGCUUCCAGGUCAUCCAUGUCACCCUGCUCAGUAUGCCCAUCCUCAUGAUGGCCAGUCACAAUCUGCUGCAGAAUUUUGUAGCUGCUGUACCUCCACACCACUGUGCCACCCAUGCCAACCUUACCAUGUCCUCAAUGAGUCCGGGGGACGUGCUAAAAAUCUCCGUACCACUGGACCAGAAUGGCAAACCGGAGCGUUGCAAGAGGUAUGCCCACCCUCAGUGGCAGUUGUUGGACAGUAAUAGUUCGGAAGAGCUAUGGGAAGAUUAUGAAGAAGAGACAGAGAUCCAGGAAUGUAAGGAUGGAUGGUACUACAGUGUGACAGACAUGAGCUCAACCAUUAUUACUGAGUGGGAUUUGGUUUGUGACGACCGUGCACUGAAGCAGAUGGGUCAGACUAUAUACAUGGGAGGUGUCCUCGUGGGGGCAGUCGUUUUUGGAGGACUGUCAGACAGGUUUGGUCGGCGUAUUUUACUGAUGAUGUCUUACCUGAUGUUUGCCGUUGGAGGAACAUGUGCUGCCUUCUCCACAUCCUUUACUUUGUUUUGCGUGUGCCGUUUCUUCUGUGGCAUGGCGCUGUCUGGCCUGGUGCUCAACUCCUUCUCUCUUAUUGUGGAGUGGAUCCCCACGCGUGUACGGACAGUAGUGGGUACAGGAACAGGUUAUUGUUACACCAUAGGUCAGCUGAUCCUGGCAGGUGUCGCGUACUUCAUUAGAGACUGGCGAUGGCUCACACUGGCUGUGUCUCUACCCUUUUUCAUUUCCUUCCUCUACUCAUGGUGGUUCUUAGAGUCUGCUCGCUGGCUGGUCCUGAACAAAAAAUCCGAGCAGGCGGUCAAGAACCUCAAAGCAGUGGGUCAGAUCAAUGGACGGCAAGCAGAGGCCGACAAAAUCAAUCUUGAGAUGUUGCAAGAGUCCAUGAAGAAGGAGAUGGUCUGUUCAAUGGGAUCCUACAGCGUUCUUGACCUCCUGCGAACAUCUACCAUGAGAAACAUCACUAUAUGUCUCAGUGCCGUCUGGUUCUCUACCAGCUUUGCCUACUAUGGGCUUUCCAUGGAUCUGCAGAAAUUUGGGGUCAGCAUUUAUCUUAUCCAAGUCAUCUUUGGAGCAGUGGAUAUACCAGCCAAAAUCGUGAUUACAAUAUGCAUGGGCGUGUUAGGACGAAGACCAUCUCAAUGUGGCGCUCUUGUACUGGCUGGCAUAAUGAUACUCAUUAAUCUUCUGGUGCCUUAUGACCUGCAGAUAUUACGCACCAGUUUGGCAGUGAUAGGGAAAGGUUGCCUGGCAGCGUCCUUCAGCUGCUGUUACCUUUAUUCUGGAGAAAUAUAUCCCACGAUCAUCCGACAGACUGGAAUGGGCUGGGUGUCGAUGAUGGCUCGGCUGGGGGCGAUGGUGGCUCCGUUGGUGCUUCUUUUAGGGGAGUCUUUACCAUGGCUUCCUGGUUUAAUUUAUGGAGGAGCUCCGAUUCUCAGUGGGAUCUUUGCCUUCUUUCUCCCAGAAACCCUCGGAAUGCCUCUACCUGAUACUAUGGAGGAUGUGCAGGACAGAGGUUUCAGGCGGACAAAAUCCAACAGCUCAAUUAUGAAAGAGGAUUUGACCCUUACGGACCCCAGCACUUUUAAUCUGAAAGAGUCAGUAUGAAAACUCCCUCAGUUCACUCUUUCGGACCGCGGUGUCUGUAACAGACAAAUUUAAAUGAUUGUUUUCACACUGAACACCAGUAUUAUGUUAUGGAAACUGUUCAAUUCUAUAAAAGAGGUCCCCUUGAUUGAUAAAUAAUGCAGUUUAUUAUCGUUCUUAUUGGAAUUUUGUACAAUUAUUUACUUUAAAAGGACAAAAUAGAAUAUUGAAUGCAGUGAAAGUUCUCUUUGUGCUUUUUGAAAAUAUUUGGUCAUUUUAUAUGUGCAUUUUUGAUGUUUUCUUAAAUAAACAAUAAAAAACAAUAUGAAAAGAAAGAAACAGUGUG